CCUUAUUUUAUUUACUUUUGUUCCCACACGGACUUAUUUUGUCACCGCACACCUGCAUGGACGUAUUUCCAUAAAAACAACUUGUUGUCUCUUAUCCUCUCUAAAUAAAACAUGUUUUACGGCAGCAGCGGUUCGGAUCCACUCCUCGUCCCUAAAAGCGAACUUCUGAGAGGAAUCAUCACCGAGAAGCUGAGCACCGCCGCCCGGGAGAUCCUGGCCGUGGUGGAGAGGACCGUAGCCGACUAUGAGGAGGAGGCUGCGGGUUUGAGGCAGGAGAUCGACCGCCAGAGGAGGCAGCUGGAGCUGCUGCUGCCCCGGGUCACAGUAGUACAGUACAGAGGAGAUCUACAAAGUCAUGAGGAGGCGGCAGUUUGUGAGAAACAAGAGGAGCAGGCGCUGCCACAGGACGCUGGUAUGGAGGCAGCUGAGGGUUCCUUUCUGCCUGGGAACCAGUCUGAGGAGGAGGAGGAUGAAGAGCCUGCGAUAAUCUCUGAACUGAUCCAAACAGACGUGAAGGACCCAGUAUAUCAAAUACCAUCAAGGUCAGCUCAGUCUAAAAAAACAAGACGGUGCUCAUCUUUAAAUAUUGACCGCAAAGGGCCUCUAAAUCUCCGGAUCCGGAUCCUGGAGGACUCUGAGACCGAGGUGCUCUCAAAUAACGUGUUUAAGAAGUGUCCGAUCUGGGACCUGCAGUGCCCUCAUGGUCUGGAGGAGGCGGCCUUUCUGGACCUGCUCAGGUCCACCUUCCCUCAGCUCUCUGCAGGGAAACCUUUUGAUACCUUAAUAACAGAUAGAGGAAGGAAGCUGCAGCCUCUGAGAGUAAAGACUCUGACUCCAGAGGAGAUCUACAGAGCCAUCAAAUCCAUCGGGAACUCAGCUCUCUACAUCCGCCUCAAGAAAGAAGAGGUAAAGACAAAGGAAGAGGGAGAAUAUCUGGGUACUGACCCUCCAACAGCUGAACCUGUGAUAAUGAAGAUUGAGAAAACUGCGCUCCACUUAAGCAUGUCACAGCAAAGUGUACCAGACAGCAAAAAGAUCUUUACGUUGAGCUCAACAUCCCAACAAGACCUCAAAACAGAAGAUGGUGAAAUUGAGAGUGACGUGCACUUCAUCAGUGAUGAAGAUGAGGGAUUGGCUGGAUAUAGGGAGUCGAACCCAGAUUAUGAACCACGCAAACAAACAAGAGAAGAGAAAUCAAGCAGUAAUAAGAGUGAUUUUCAAGAAAGUACCAAAGGAGAACAUGCUUGCAACAAAGACUCCAGUGGUGGGAACGACAGGGAUACAGACAAACCUGAGCGUAAGACACCGAAAAUGAGGAGAAAAAAAGAAGGAUGGAAGAACAGUAAGAAGAUUAGGUCUUGCACAGUUUGUGGGGUCACUUACAGAAAUUUGGGAAAUUUGCUUAAACAUACCUUGAACCAUCCCCUCAACCCCCAGAAUAUUUGUGGAGCCUGUGGAAAGGGCUUUGAAUCUGAGGACAACUUGAAAAAACAUAUCCGAAAGCAUAGAAAGUCUUACAACUGUCUGCAUUGUGACAAGUCUUUUUUCACCAGAGAAAGCCUCAGGUUCCACAUUCUUAAGGUUACAGGAGAAAACUUGCUUGAAUGUAAUGUUUGCAGUAAAACAUUUCCGAGCCAAAAACGGCUGAACCAGCACCGAUGGAUCCACCUAGAAAAUAAACCCUACAGGUGUGAUAUGUGUCCACAAUCUUUCGGUCUGGAGUCACGUCUCCGAGCUCACAGAAAGCGGCACACCAGCAAAGUUUUGUUCCACACAGGAGAGACUCCCUACAAAUGCAACAAGUGCGAACGCCGCUUUAAAUCUAGGAAUCAGCUUACCGAGCACAUGAAGAACCAUUCAGGCAUUAAAGAUUUCAUCUGUGGGGUUUGUGGCAAAGGUUCUUCGAAACACGAAUAUCUAAAAGUUCACAUGAGAACCCACACUGGAGAGAGACCCUACAAGUGCUCUCUUUGUGACAAAGCCUUCACCCAGAGCCCCUACCUGAAAAAACACAUGAAGACUCACCAGACUGAAGAGUCGCCUGCGAUCCCUCCCGCUACUGAAGAUGGUUCAUUUAGUCCGAAAUGAGGGACAGAUAUUACAUUUAUGCCUUCCUUUACUUUAUUGUUCAAAUGGUUUUUGAAUUUAAAUGUUGAUUUGAGAUUUUGUGAAAUGACAUGACUUUCCGAUUAAUUUUUCAAUCACACUGUCAUUGGCUAUGUUGACUUGGAGCAAAAACGUCCUUGGUCGAGAUUCCGACCUGGGGUCUUCCCAAGUGGAGAUGUUCCCCUCAUGCAUCCCUUGGUUCUCUCUUGGCAUGCUGGCUUCUUCACAUAGUCCAAAAAUAACAAUUGUUUGGUUAAUUGGCCUCUCAUAAGUUGUUCCAAGGAACAUAAGCUCUACUUCAACAUGUCACUUAAGUAGAAGUAAACUAAAUUUUAAUUCAGAAAUUACUCUGAAGACACGUCAGCGAACAGUUUCCUAUCAGAGGCCUAUCUUUGGUGUUAAUAGAUGACUGAGAGUAUUUAGACUGAUCUUUUUAAGAUGGCGUUGAAUCCUUCUUAAAGCAUCCGAGGUUCAUCAGGUGCAUUACCACAUCUAAUCUAUUUUUCUUAGAACAGUCCUUCCAGUGACAAUAUAUAUAGAUUAUUGCAGGCAUCCCCAAACUCGGUCCUCAAGGCCCCCUGUCCUGCAGGUUUUAGAGGUUUCCUUGCUCCAGCACAGCUGAUUUUAAUUGAAAGCUGAUUAACAGGCUUUUGGUCUACUGCAAUCAUUAUAACCAGCUGUGCUGAAGCAGAGAAACCUCUAAAACCUGCAGGACAGGGGGCCUUGAGGACCGAGUUUGGGGAUGCCUGGUUUACAGUAUAUACACAUGACUGGCAAAUGGUCCAGUAGGCACAAUAGAUGGGAAAUAACAUGAGAAAAACAAAACUUGUGUAUAAACAAGAGGUUUAUCUGCAACAAAUCUGUUGGUGUCUCAGGUUAAAAAUUUGUUCAAAAUAAUCCUGUUUUGCAGAAAUGUUAAAUUUUGUUCCUUUCUUUUUAUUGUCCUUAAACUGUCACAAGUACAGAGCAAUGAAAUAAAUUCCCUGCAUUUAACCCAUCCCCUUGGGGAGCAGUUGUCAUUGUGCAGUGUGGCGAUUAAGGGUCUUAAUCAGGGACCCAGAGUGGCAGUCUGUGGG